GGGGAGAGGGGAGGGGGAGUGAAGGAAGGGAGAGAGCAAUGUGGCACGGGGCAAAGAGUACCUAAACAAAGAACGAAGGAAAGAUAAACCCAAGCCCAAGCGAACGCAGUCGCGUUGUUUUAGUAUAAACACAGAGUUGGUUAUACAUAAACGGUGAAACGGCACUAUGAGUAUGAAAGUAAUAAAAAUAGGGCGAAAGCUGUAUCCCGUAUUUGUUUAUUUUGGUUUAUUUAGGUUAAUAAUAUUGUUAUUAAAUUGACGUAUUUAUUUGGUUUAUUAAAGUUUUAAAUAACAUAGUGUGUAAGAGACGGAGUCAACCAUGGACACAGACCACAAUUCACAACUUUUUGAAAGAAACUUUUCUCAGUGAUCUGAAAAAAUCGAUUGUUUAUUCGAAAUUGGCAAGUUCAUUCGGAAGUUUUCUAUGGUAAGUAUUUUUUUAUGCCCGAGAAAUGUUUCUUUUAGAAAGUUGUUGAAAUGAUAAUCUGAGUCCAUGGUAUUAGUUUUAGGGAUCCCUUCCCUUUCACCGUAAAAUAGGGUUGCCAACCUCAAAUUUAAAAAACCAGGAUUUGAAGUUGGAAAAACCAGGACAAUUCCGUUUUUUAAACAGGACGCAUAAAUAGAGUUGCGAUAGUUAAAUAAAUAUCUAGUGAAAACAGGCGAAAUGAAAUUCAAGUAAUUAAAAUAAUCACAUGUAGCGUAAAAAUUUGAGAAGAGGCGCACGAAGUUUAUAAAUUUAAAAACCCUGGACGCUGCUUAAAAUCUAUUCAGGACGCCCCAGGACACUACAAAAACUAGGACAUGUCCUGGGAAAACAGGACGGUUGGCAACCCUACCGUAAAAGAAAUUUAAGUUUUUUGGAAGUUGUAUAUACUCUGUUUUUAUUUUCAUUUUUGUCCACUAUUACAACUUUGCUUGCAGUUAGAAUUGCCCAUAGUUCAUGCAUUAUCAAAGCGGCGCAACAGCAAAAUACAACUUUUUGUUACCAACUUUUUUUGCUAUUGUUUUUAAUUAAUUAACUUUAGGCUGUUAAAUGCAAUCAAAGUUGAUAGUCAUGGCAAAAUAAAAAAAAAUGGUUGAAUUACUUCAAAGGAAUAAAAAUAUGUGAGUGUAUCAAUGUUCAAUUUACAGAACUCAAAUCGCAAGAUGCAGAUAUGACGGUUACGUUACUUGAUGAUGAUAUGAUGCUAGGAGAUUAUAGGAGCGUAGCGCAUGAAGUUACUGAAUCUUCAACACUUGAUCAAUUAAAUGUAAAAAAGUUAAACAAUGUGAGAAAAAGUUUAAAUUUUAAUAAUCUGGAACCGCCAAUAGAUAUAUCCUUAGAAAAUUUUAGUAUCAAUGAAAGUGGAUUAACAUCAUAUUUAACAGAAAAUAUACCCUUCUCCUUUGAUUCUCUUCGAGAACUCGAUGGUGAUGAGAAUAACGAGCUACCUUACUCACUGCAAGAAAACGUUGAAGACGAUUGUGAAAUCAACAAGGCUCAACCGGAUGAGACGACGGAAAAAAAUGAAAGUCACCAGUCUGAUUUUUCACCAACCGAUGGUUCUGAUUUUGAUCCUGGCAAUAUUUCCAUGCACGAUGAAGAAUAUGGUACAGAAAUGGAAUUUUAUGUAAGAGGAACCAAAAAACGGCUUAAAAAUAAAAGUGAAAAGCAAUUUAAGAAAUUCAGUAAAGAACAUAAAGAGUUAUUAAAAAGCAGUUCAAAUGAUAUCCCCGAAGAAACUAAUUCACCAAAAACUCAAAAGCAAUUACAUAUGAAAUAUGAAGACGUUGAAGAAAAUAAAUGUCAAAAUAAAUUUGGAAAUAGUAAACGUACAUGGACACGUAGAAAUGCUUGUUUUUAUUGCCAGCAAGUUGUGACUAACUUCACAAGGCAUCUUUUACGGAACCAUCAAAGCGAAUUUGAAGUAAUUGAAUAUAAAUCUAUUAAAGAUGAGGAUCCAAAAAUACGUAAAAUGAAACGUCAAGAAGUUUCAGAUAAGAUCAGAAACAAAGGCAACUUUUUGCACAAUUCUAAGGUAUGUUUUGACAGAGAUGGAUCAAUGACAUUAAUACCCGCUAAAAGGAGAGACAUGACAUCAAGCCCUUCAAGCUUUGCAACAUGUAAGAAUUGUUUAGGGAUAUUUAAACGCUCUACCUUUUUUAGACAUUUUAAGAAAUGUGGGACAAACACAUGUGAAGGCAGAGUUCUUACGAAGAACAGCAUAACGAUAAUACCAAAUACGGAGACAGCAUCUGAAGAGCUUAAAAAAAAGAUAUUACCUCACUUGCGUUCGGAUGAAACUGCUUUGGUGGUGAAGAAUGAUCGACUAAUCUUGGCUUAUGGGACACGAUUAUUAAAAAAAAAGAAAGAACGUCGAAGCCGUAAAGCAAUAUGCUCGAAGAUGAGGGAUUUGGCAACCUUAUUGGUGUUAAUUCGUAAACACGAUUGUUCUAUUACAACAUUAACAGAUGCUUUAGAUCCGGAAAAGUACGAAGUCUUUAUUGCAUCCAUAAAAGAAAUGUGUGGAUUCAAUGAAGAUACAGGUCAAGUGAGGGUUCCAAGUAUUCCAGCUAGAAUAUUACCAGCGGUGCUCGGCUGUGUAGAUAUUUUAUACACGCAGUCUAUAAUGAGCUCUGAGUCGACAGCUUUUAAAGAACUUUAUAAAAAGAAACUAGAUGACUUCAAACAACUUGUAACUAUCAAUUGGCAGUGGGAAGUAUCCUCUAACGCAGAAAAAACCAAGAAGCGCCGACACAUGAUAAAAGAGAAUGUUCUGCCUUUAGAAGACGAUAUUAGAACAGUGAUGGAAACCAUAGUCAAGUUAGAAGGCAAAUAUGCACGAAAAUUGAAAAUUGAUUGUAACGUCAUUAACUAUGAGUCUUUAUGCACUGUGACUAUAGCUCACAUCAUUAUGCUAGAUAGAAAACGUGCUGGAGAUGUAGCUGAGGCAGAGCUCACAUUUUAUAUCAACAGAAGAAAUGAAGAAAUUCCUGAAGAAGUUCUAAAAACAUUAACUCCUGAUCAAAGAAAAUCAAUUAAGACUUUAGACGUUUUCCAAAUCCCCGGAAAGAGAACACGUUCGGUGCCAAUACUACUUACGAAAACCAUGAAGGAAAAUAUAGACCUUAUAAUAGCCUGUCGCGAUGAUUUAAAAAUUCCGAAUACCUAUGCGCUGCUUUUUGCAAGACCGUUUACAGAUGAACCUUUUAAUGGAGGAAAAUGUUUAGAUAAAAUAAAAGAACUCUGUAAUUUAAAACGACCUGAAAUGAUUACUUCAACUGGUAUGAGACAUCAUAUAGCGACUAUGUCUCAAUUGCAUUCAACACAAAAUGACAAAUACACAGAACAUUUAGCUGGAUUUUUGGGGCAUGACAUUGCUGUGCAUGCCAAAAAUUACAGAUUACCAUUACAAGUGUUGCAAAAAGCAGUGGUUGGUUCCCAGCUCAUGAAAUACGAACCUCAUCGAAACAGAUCACCACCUCAAAUUAUUAACACCGAAAAGCAAAUUAUGGUUCCUAGAGGAGAAUAUUCCGAAGAACCAGUUCAGUCAAAUGGGGAGGCUACAGAAAACAGUGAAUUUGCUAAAGAAAACGAUAGAGUAGAUUCGGAAGUCAAUUCAGAAGAUGAAAAUUUAAAAGAUAAUAAAGAAAAAUCGGUAAAAGAAGAAAACAAACAUGAUGAUAAAAAAUCAGAAGAAAAAGAUGAUAGAGUAGAAUCGAAAGAAAACCAUGAAGAAAAAUCAGAAGAAAAAAACCAAGAAGACAUGCCGGAAGAGCUUAUUAUUUCUAAAUUGAAUAAAAAAUUGACGAAAAUAAAUUUCCAUAAUAAUCAGAAGUAUGGUAGUAACAUUCAAACAAGAUUCAAAAGGAGGAAUGUUGACCAGACGGAAACCAAAGAGAAGAUUAAUAAAAAAGAAACGAAAUCAAAAAAAACACAACUAGACUCACUUUCUACCAAUGAAGACCUCAAUGAUGAAAUCUGUGAAAAUCCAAUACAGAAGAAAACCAAAAAACGUUCAUUACAGGACAGUGACAAAGAUAUUGACCAGACGGAAACUAAAAAGAAAAACCCAAAAACAAUAAAGAAACAAAAGAAAGCACGAGUAUACGUAUCUUCUUCAAGUGAAGAAGACUGUGAGAAACUAAUACAGAAGAAGACCAGAAAACAUCCAUUACAAGAUAGUGAUGAAGAAAUUAUAGUGCGAAGAAGAAAAAAGACACAUAGGUUUUGGUCAGAUGAAGAAAUCAAGGCUGUGAAGUUUUAUUUUAAAGAGUACAUUAAAAAGAAGAUAAACCCUGGAAAGGCUAAAUGUUUGGAAGUGCUCAAAAAAGCACCAGCUUUGCAAAGAAGAACAUGGAUGCAACUUAAUUCAUACGUUAAUAAUAUUUACAAAAACAAAUAAAUAUGUUGUCGUUAAAAGUAUAUUUUUUGUGAUUUUGUGGUACUAAUAUACCAACAUUUUUAUUUCUUUCCACGAAACAAUUAUGGUUUAUUAUAAUUACCAGUUAAGAAGAUGUUUUAAUUCCUAUAUUGCAAUCAAGAAGAAUUUCAAGUCCCUUUGUUCAAUGUUAUUUUAACAGGUAUAGUUUUUUUGUAAUUUUCUUGAUAAAUUCAGAAAAACUACACUAACGCUUGCUAUUAUAGGGUACGGAACUAAUAGGCAUUCGUGGUUUUUAAUGAUUUUUGUAAAAGUUGGGAAUCUUCAGUAGUUUAGUAAAAAUAGAUUAAAAACCACAAAAACCAUGCUAGCAAGCACUUACUUUAUCAAUAACAAUUUUACAUUUUUUGAGAUCUUUAAUAUUUACAACCCUUGGAUUUGUUAUACCUUAAGAAAUUUUUGAUUUUUUUUUGAUAAUUUUGAAUUUUUAUAUUAAUAUUAUAAAGAGGAAAUAUUUUUUUGUUUGUUUGGGGUAUAUGCUGUCGCGGACUAUUUUAUAGAACUUUAAGUUAAAACAAGUUUUUUUUUUAUGGAAGGUUUAAAAUUAUGUUAAGAAAUAUAUUGUGUAUCAUACAAAACACAAUACAUUACUUUAUAUAUUGCCUGAGACCAAAACCUAUAAUCUACCUACACUACAGCUCUACACCGAAGCGAAGCGAGGGCGGUCCACUAGUAUAUUACUAUUUUAGAGUCUAAUAUAUUGUUACCAAUUAGUAAAUUAAGUUCAUGUUACAUUUUCUUUCGAGCAUUGUAACAUCGUUCCACAAAUUGAUUUCCUUCGAAUUAUAUUACAAAGAUUUAAUAAUAGUGUAAUAUUAAAGAAGUAUUUUAGAAGAGUAAUUUUUUGUUAAUAGAGAAACCUCUAAUUUUCAAUUUUUUAAGUUAAUUUAUUUGCCAUGUAAUUAUUAUACAGAGUGUAAUGAAGACAAAGCAUACGCUGUAUGAGGAUGUCUGGUACUUAAUGCUAAUUUGUAAACCUUUUUAAAAUUAAUAAAUUAAAAAGAAUUUUAUUUUUAUACAUUUGUUGUUAUAAUUUUACCAAUUACUCCAACAAGCCAUUGCAAUCAACUAAAUUACGAACCAUCCAACCAGGGGGCCAAUCGCCUAACGGGAUUGCUAUGGCUAUCACUUUCGCU